CUGUGUUAGUCCAUGCUCCACUGCCAUCUGCACAUCUUCACUGAUGAAGGAGAUCAACCGACCUUUCUUCCUAGUCUGCCUGGCCUAGAAGUUCCGCUGAGACCUGCCCCCUGUGGGGGAAGACAGCCACCAUCGAUUUCCUUGUCUACAUAAUAGAAGUGAGCCAUAUCCCACUAUACCUGAGAUCAGGAGGUCAAGAGGACAGAUUUGACUGGCCGGCCAGUUGGCCGGCCAGGGAUUUCCCCGUGGUGCCCGAGCUGAGCAGGAGCCCAACGUGGCACUCACUAGUGGACCACAGACCAUGCUGGGCUGACCCACACGCUGGCACAGUGACUACGGGGGCGAUUUGGCCACCAGGAGGAGCGCCAGUGCCAAGCCAAGCUGGAGAACCUAGAACAGGUCCUAAAGCACAUGCGAGAGGCCGCUGAGCGCCGGCAGCAUCUGCAGCUGGAGCAUGAGCAAGCCCUGGCUGUCCUCAGCGCCAAGCAGCAGGAGAUCGAGCUGCUGCAGAAGGCUCAGGUUAAAGCUAAGAAAGAGCAUGAAGGUGCGGUGCGGUUGUUAGAGUCCAAGGUGCAGGAGCUGGAGGUGCGAUGCCGGGUGCAGAGUGAGCAGUUCAGCCUCCUGUCCCGGGAGCUGGAGAAGUUCCGGCUGCACUCGGGCAUCAUCGACCUACUGGGCCGCAGCCCCGUGCCCACCUGGGAUGCCCCCUUCCUUAACGGCGCCAACACCACCCUCUGCAAAGGUCAGCAGAGCAUCGUGGGAAGCCACCCUGUGAUCCAGGACUAUAUCCUGCUCCCUGGGGACAAGCCCCAGCCGCCGGCCCGCAAGCCCGCCUUCCUGGCCAGGCCCGGAGGCCCGACAUGCCGACUGGAGCCCAACAUGGACAAUGAACAGAACUCCAAUACCUCAAAGCAGAGAUACUCGGGGAAGGUUCACCUGUGUGUCGCCCGCUACAGCUAUAACCCCUUCGAUGGGCCAAAUGAGCACCCGGAGGCUGAGCUGCCGCUCACGGUGGGCAAGUACCUCUACGUGUACGGGGACAUGGACGAGGAUGGCUUCUAUGAAGGUGAGCUGCUUGACGGGCAGAGGGGUCUGGUGCCCUCCAACUUCGUGGACUUGGUCCAGGACAACGAGUCAAGGUUGGCGAGCACCCUGGGGAGUGAGCAGGAUCAGAAUCUCAUCAACUGCUCGGGCCUGGGCUUGGAAGGCGAGGGCCUUCCCGACCUGCACUCUCCCACGCACCUGGCCCCCGGCGUCACGGACAACAGCUCGGGGACGCUGGACGUGAACAUUGACGAGACUGGAGAAGACACCGUGCCUUACCCCAGAAAAAUCACCCUCAUCAAACAACUCGCCAAAAGCGUCAUCGUGGGCUGGGACCCCCCGGCCGUGCCCCCGGGGUGGGGCGCCAUCAGCAGCUACAACGUCCUGGUGGACAAGGAGACGCGGCUGAGCCUCGCACUGGGGAGCAGGACCAAAGCCCUCAUCGAGAAGCUCAACACGGCCGCCUGCACCUACCGCGUCUCCGUGCAGUGCGUGACCAGCCGGGGCAGCUCGGACGAGCUGCAGUGCACACUGCUGGUGGGCCGGGACGUGGUGGUGGCACCCUCGCAGCUGCGGGUGGACAACAUCACCCAGGUUUCCGCGCAGCUCUCCUGGCUGCCCACCAACAGCAACUACAGCCACGUCAUCUUCCUCAACGAGGAGGAGUUCGACGUCGUCAAGGCCGCGCGGUACAAGUACCAGUUUCUGAACCUCAGACCCAACGUGGCCUACAAGGUGAAGGUCCUAGCCAAGCCCCACCAGGUACCGUGGCAGCUGCCCCUGGAGCAGCGUGAGGAGAGGGAAGCCUUUGUCGAGUUCUCCACCCUGCCCGCAGGCCCUCCGGCUCCCCCCCAGGACAUUAUUGUGCAGGCUGGUGCCACGGCCACCACCGUCCAGGUGUCCUGGAGGCCACCUGUGCUGACACCCACCGGGCUGUCCAACGGCGCCAGCGUUGCAGGCUACGGCGUGUACGCGCGAGGGCAGAGGGUGGCCGAGGUCGUCUUCCCCACAGCAGACGGCACGGCCGUGGAGCUGGUGCGCCUGCGCAGCCUGGAGGCCAAGGCGGUGACCGUGCGGACCCUCUGGGCCCAGGGCGAGUCUGUCGACUCCUUAGCCGCUGCCAUCCCCACUGACCUCCUGGUGCCACCGCCGCCACCGGCUCCCCACCCCAGGUCUGCGCCUCCAAUGAAGCCACCCACAAGUGCCCAUACCCAAGAAACCAAAGAUGUGCCCUCGGGGCCCUCUGGCCGGGCGCCAGUCCCCGAGCAUGGACACCUACUGGAGCCUCCCAGCCCACAGGGCCCCGACCGCCGCUCCCCUUCACCCAGCCGCCUGCUCCCGCAGCCACAGGGAGCACCCGUCUCCAGCACCGUUGCCAAGGCCAUGGCCCGGGAGGCCGCCCAGAGGGUGGCCCAGAGCAGCAGGUUAGAGAAAAGGAGCGGGUUCCCAGAGCGCAGCAGCCCAGGGCAGUACGACGACGAGGAGGGCUACUGCUCCCCAGACCUCCAGCGGAGGGGCACAUCCGUGGAGGACUUCCUCAGAGGCUCGGAGCUUGGCAAGCCGCCCCACUGUUGCCACGGGGAUGAGUACCACACGGACAGCAGCCGGGGCUCCGACCUCUCGGACAUCAUGGAGGAGGACGAGGAGGAGCUGUGCUCGGAAAUGCAGCUGGAGGAUGGGGUACGGAGGCGGCCCAGCGGGACGUCCCACAACGCCCUCAAGGAUAGGGCCCCUGUUGGCGUCUUCUGGGAGCAGCCCGAGUCCCCCCUGCAGCCCUCGCACAGUAAGAGGCUGUUCAGCAUCCCGGAGGCGGCCGAGGAGGAUGGCGAGCCGGGGCAGUUCCUGCACAAGUGGGGCGCAGGGUGCCCCCCCAGAGUUCGAGCACCCCCGCCGGCACCCCGGGGUGCCUGGCUCCCAGCCAAGCACAGGGGGCCCUACGCCGAGGACUACCCCCCUGAGGACAGGGGCUGUCGCUUCAGUCGCUGGGCCACCCGGAGCCCGGACAGCGGUCUGGACUGCGGCAGCGAGGAGGAGGAGCUGCGGUUCAGCUUCCGAACCACAGCCUCCGGGGGCGGCCCCGGGCCCUGCCCCUGCCGCCGCAGCCCCCGGCCCCUCCUGGCCCGGCGGCGGACGCUGACGCGGCAGAGCAGCGUCGAAGAGGACUUUGGGGACCAAGUGGACCCCAGCGAAGGCGGCCGGGGCGAGGGCGCCCCGCCCGGCCCGGGGAAACCCGGCCUCAGGAAGUGUGGCUGGGCCGAGUCUGCGCGUCUGGACGAUUCCCGGGAUGUCUGGAGGAAAAGCGUAAAAAUGCCGGGCGCUAGGGCCCUCGCUCACCAUGCACAACCUCCGCCCAGAGCGGCGGACAGCCCUGUGGUUUUGGGGAACCUGGUGUUGACUGGACGGCCUGAGCACACAGAUCACAUGGGCUCAAGGUUUCCUCACGGCAGUGCUGGCCCACCGCGGUCCCUCAGCGAUGACUACGGGGGGCCCAACCGCCUGUCCCCCGACUUCUAUGAGGAGUCAGAGACAGACCCUGGUGCCGAGGAGCUCCCAGCACGUAUCUUCGUGGCCCUGUUUGACUACGACCCACUCACCAUGUCCCCGAACCCUGACGCUGCUGAGGAGGAGCUCCCCUUUAAAGAAGGGCAGAUAAUCAAGGUCUAUGGCGAUAAGGACGCAGACGGGUUCUAUCGCGGAGAGACCUGUGCCCGGCUCGGCCUCAUUCCUUGUAACAUGGUCUCCGAGAUCCAAGCCGACGGCGAGGAGAUGAUGGGCCAGCUUCUCAGACAGGGCUUCCUCCCGCUCAACACCCCAGUGGAGAAGACAGAGAGAAACAGAAGGAGCAGCAGGCGGCAUUCAGCACCGACUCGGAGAAUGGUGGCUCUGUAUGACUAUGACCCCCGAGAGAGCUCGCCCAACGUCGAUGUCGAGGCAGAACUCACGUUUUGUACAGGAGACAUUAUUACCGUGUUUGGUGAAAUCGAUGAAGAUGGAUUUUAUUAUGGGGAGCUUAAUGGGCACAAAGGCCUUGUACCUUCAAACUUCCUGGAAGAAGUGCCUGAUGACGUAGAAGUGUACCUUUCUGACGCACCGUCCCACUACUCACAGGACGCCCAGAUGCGGUCCAAGGCAAAAAGGGUUCCUCCUGAGGGGUCAGGGACAGCAAGGAGCGCUCCAUCCCCCACAGCCCAUCUCCAUUCGGGGUCACCUACGUCAUCUGUGGGUUCUGGUAGUCCUGGGAGAGGCAGGGAAAUGUCCUCGAAAAAGAAAAAGGGGCUGCUUUCCAAAGGCAAGAAGCUGCUGAAAAGGCUUGGUGCAGUGAAAUGACCGUGGGCUCUCCUCUGGACGACUCCCCGAUCGAUGUGAUUUUCUUUAAUUCCAAACUAGGGCUUUCAUGACUCGAGUCCUUCCUAAAAACCAUCUUCUCCCCGCCACCAGUAGAGAUAGCACUUUGCACACCUACCAUCCGCUUUAAACCAACUGCAAGAGCCAGGAGGAGCCUGGGGCGGGAGGUGGGCGGGGUGGCUGGCUCUCUGUAGCUCCCUCCCUCCCUGUCGCCUGUCUGUGUGCAUUGGUCAUCUGCCCUUCAAGGAAUGAUUUUCCACCUUCUCCCUCCUUCAAAAUGCUUGCCUCAUAGUGCAUAACUCCCAGUUAACUCUGGUCUUGAAAUUCCAAGUUUAAUCCGCCUUCAUGUCCUGCCUUAUAAAAUGCACAAUGAUUUGUACUGUCAAAUAAACAAUUCCGUGUCUACGUGUAUGUGGUGUGCGCUCAGUGGUCUCCACCCUGACACAGUGCUUUGCAAUCAAGCUGCACAGGCUACACAAUUUACAGACACCGGUUUGAGUCUUUACAGAGCCAGCCAGGGCAGACAGACACACACACACACACACACACACUUAUUCAUUCCUCCAGCCAUUCGGAGGAGGGGUAGAUACCAGUAUUUGCCCCUGCCGGGCGCUGACAGCCCUCACUGCGCUCAGUGUUACAUUCUGUGGCAUGUAGAUUUCCCUAACGUUCACUCUGUCAAAAUGCCAUGCAGUUAGUCAGUGAGGGCCAGCACACGCGCACUCGUGCUAUGCCACACAGCCCAUAAGCCACACCCCAAACAGUCUGUUCAAGGUCAUUCUAUCCAACCCUCCUCUCAUCGGCAUUUGAACAAAAGACUGACAAAGUUGCUGGCAGAUGUCUUUGGUGGUUUAUAUUCUGUAAUUCUUGUAAAUUGUUUUUACUCUUUAUACAUAUUUUCAGACUGCCUUUCUUUUGUAAUUUAUGGAAGGUUUAUAAAUGAGUGAUCCAAGCUUUCCCCAUAUUGUAAAUUGUAAUAAAACAGUAUGUGUUACAUUUAUUAAAAGAAAACGAUUCACA